ACCUCACACUAUCAAACAUAUGCCUCUUCAUUUUUCCGAUAUCAAAAUCGAACGUGGCCAAUCGGUAUUUGCUGUCCUCCGCGAUUGUAGUGACACUUUAUCGGUGCAAUGAACGGUGGCCUAUCAGCGAUGUGGGACUUCUUAUCAACAGUUUUUACGGCACCUAAUGGGAAACGCCAAGUUCCAAAUCAGCGCUCCUCGCUGUCGAUUUUUAGUCUCAAUAAUUCGUUGGUGGGAGAAAGUUUUCAAAAGACGAGAAAUGAUGCUUAAAAUUAUUAGUGUGUUUGUGUUCUUGACUGUUCUAGGGGGUGUCGAGGUCAACGGUUCAAAGAUUCUAGCGGUAUUCCCCAGCACGAGUAAAACUAACUACAUUCUCGGGCAGGUGUUGUUCGAACAACUAGCUUCGAGAGGCCAUGAGAUAACAGUGAUAAGCCCGUUCGAAAUCGAGUAUGACAGUGCAAGCAUCAGGCAAAUCAAACUGACCGGAAUGUUUGCCCAUCUUGAAGAUUACGGCAUGAAUACAAACAUCUUCACCAAAUGGGACAAAUCGAGCUUCUAUGGGAACAACAAUCUGAUUUACGGGACGGCUGCCAUGGCUGAGAAUACUCUGGGUCAUCCAAAGGUCCAAGAAUUGCUGAAGUCGGAUGCGUCGUUUGAUCUGCUGCUUCUGGAUCAGGUGCUUUGCGAUAGUUUACUGGGAUUAGCCAACCACUACAACGUUCCAGCGGUAGUGUUCAGUUCAACGUCAACAAACAAGUUCACCAACGAGAUGGUAGCCAAUCCCCACAAUCCAGCCUACAACCCAGUCAGCUCCCUGGGAUACUCGGACAGAAUGUCCUUUGAUCAACGACUGUGGAAUACUCUGGUUUCCAUUUCGGAGCAGUUCAAUUACAAGUACCUGUAUCUUCCAUCGCAAGAAGCAGUUUAUCGGCGGCACUUUGCCGGCAAAAAUCUUCCCCCACUCUUAGAUGUGAUCCACAACGUCAGCGCAGUUCUAGUCAACUCAAACCCCAUGAUCAACUACCCAAGGCCGGUUGUUCCUACCAUGGUUGAAGUUGGUGGAAUGCAUUUGAGGAAGUUUGACAAAACCGGCUUGUCAGAGGACGUCGUCAACUGGGUGGAAGCGGCCAAAGGUGGAGUUAUCUACUUCAGCAUGGGUGGCAAUGCCAAGUCGAUCGAUCUGCCGGCAAACGUCCGCAAGGCCUUCACGGGAGCGUUCGGACAAUUAUCCGGAACGCUCAUCAUUUGGAAGUGGGAGAAUGCAACACUCGAAAAUCAAAGCUCGAACGUCAUCAUUGGACCGUGGAUGCCACAGCAGGAAUUGUUGGCUCAUCCGAAUGUGAGACUUCACAUUACUCAUGGGGGAUUGCUGGGAAUGAUGGAGUCGGUCCAUUAUGGGAAACCGAUUCUUGGACUUCCGCUUGCGGGAGAGCAGGAAAUUCUGGUUGAUAAAGCUGUCGCCGGAGGAUACGGACUCAAGCUGGAUUAUCAGAAUAUCACUCAGGAAAUUGUGUUGGAAUCCAUCAAACGAAUUAUGGAAGAUACUUCAUUCCGGAAGAACGCUCUCAAAAUAUCACGGCAAUUCCGGGAGCAAUCGAUGAAACCUAUGGAUAAGGCUAUCUACCACAUCGAGUACGUACUGAAGAACGAUGGUGGUGUUCAGAAGCUACGAUCCGGAGCCCUUAGUCUAACCUUCUGGGAACGACAUCUGGUUGACGUGGCAUUGUGCAUUGUUGCAAUCGCUCUUCUGCCGAUCGUCGUUAUUGCCAUUCUUAUUCAAAUGAUUCUGAGGAAAAGUCAUCAGAGAAAAAUGACUCCAUCAGUGAGUGAUUUGAGAAAAGCUGCAAUAAAGAAGAAGACAAAAUAAA